AUGAGAGAAUCGAAUCUUGAUGUUUACGAGGUGGUCAGGGAUUCUCCUGAAGAUGGCUGCGACCACGGCGACUUCGUUUUUGCAUUCAACAAUUGCAAUUUUUCGGAUCGUGUUCUUCACAUCUAUAUCUUUCCUGAACUAAUGGAGUCUACAAAGUCCCCAUCAGUAAGAGUUAAAACCGUUCAUAUUAGCUCUCCAAUUUUAGCAGUAAGAAGUCCAUUUUUCUACAAGCUCUUUUCAAACGGGAUGCGAGAGUCGGAACAAUGUGAUGUAACCUUGCGAAUCAAUGCCUCAGAGGAAGCUGGUCUCAUUGAACUAUUGAAGUUUAUGUAUAGCAACAGUUUGACAGUUACAAGUGCUCCUGAAGUGUUUGAUGUACUAAUGGCUGCUGACAAAUUUGAUGUUCCUUCAUGCAUAAAACAUUGCAGCCGUUUAUUAAAAAAUCUAUUUAUCGUGACUCCUGAAUUUAUACUCGUUUAUCUUGAUCUUCCUUCCAAUAUUAUAAUGGCUGAAGCAUUUCAGCCACUAACUAUUGUUACGAAGCAGUUAUAUGCGGUCCAUUACAAAGACAUAACCAAGUUUGAAGAUGAAAUUCUUAGUUUGCCACUUGUUGAUGUAGAGGCAAUUAUAGCUAGCGACGAUCUCCAGGUGACAUCAGAAUAUGCCGUUUACUUGUUUGUCAUCAAAUGGGCCCGGAACCAGUACCAUAACAUAGAGGACCGUCGUGAAAUCAUCAUGACCCGACUAGCAAAGUUUAUUCGUUACCCUUACAUGACAUAUAAAGAGCUUGGGGAAGUUUUGGAUAACAAUGAAUUCGAGCCAUAUUUUGCCAUUUUUGUAAUAAGGGAAGCAGUUGCUUUCAAAGACAAUGUCCUCGAUCCAGAUUAUAUCGCUGAUGAUGACACCCGUCGCUUUGUGGAACGGGUGGGCUACAAGCAUCAGCCUGUUAAGAAACGUGUGCAAGUUAGUUUCCAUUGGCCAUGGUUUAUUUUGAACAGUUUAAUUUGGGUGAUGAAGGUUUUCUUAACUUGGGUGAUCAAGAAAUAGUGGUAAUGUAAUGGAAAUUGGAACGAAGAGAAUGCAAAUGGGAAGUUGUGGAUUUUGUACAGUCAUUUUUGACGAUACAUGUUGAUUUGUGUAAUAGUCUAGCAAGUUCUUAUACUUUAGUUGCUAUAGAUGAUUAUAGAUACAGGUGUUCUUUCUUUUUUUAGAGGUAAA